AUGCACAGUGUUACUGUCCUUUCUCAGCCGAGUAGCACGGUGACCACAUGCGCCCGAUCCACGUUUACAAACGUUGCAACGGUAAGCGCCUCACCCCCUCGUUCCACAGCGCUUUCCGGAAUGUGUUCGCUUUCAUCAUCAUCGUCACUAUGGAACACUGACCCUCCUGCAGAUGAUUGGAAAGAUAUAGGGGAUACUAUCCGCGGAACCCAUAACUUGGCGGGGAGUCCAGAACAACAAAUCCAACAGCAGCCGGCGGUGGAAGGGAAGUGUGGCGGCGAGUCCGUUCUGUGCGGCGUGCGGAAAGUGUUGCCUUUUUCCGUUAGCUGCACAGCAGGCGGGGAUGUCAAUGGACGCCAAACUAACAGUCGUGCAAAACACUCCUCGGCACUAAAGCCACCACUGCAGGCGUCAGUGUCCCAGGCGACAGGGAGAUGUGAUUCUUCAAACCAUGGUGUAGCUCCUACAAAGCAGAGCUGCCCACCCGAGGAGAGAGCCGUUGGGUCAAGCAAGGAUGAAUUGAACCACGGCGGCAUUGGUGAUUCCGGGGACAAUGAUAGUGGUUUCAAUAAGUGCCACCCUCCACAACUGCCACCCGCAGUUAUUUUCAUGUCACCCCUCAAAACAGCCAGUGGCGGCAACGACGUAAAUUUGACAGUAGUUAGUUCUGCGCCGCCACCGGGUGCAGCAGAAGCAGCGGUGCGUGAUGGUAGUAACACCGUUAGUUCCGAUGAUUCUCUUGACGAAGUCGGCACCCAUUCCGGUGACAGCAACAGAAGGUUAUGGAGUUGCGCAAACACCCCGGAGAGGCCCAACAGUAUGGAACACGUUGAGAGAGUAGUAAGCUGUGUUUCUGAGCGUGAGGAUGCCACAUGUGUGGAAGCGGACGGGCAGCGGAAACCUGCUGUGGCAAGAUCGUGUGCAACCGAGAGGCGGCGGCGUUGCCUUCUUCGUCAAAUCAAGUUGGUCGAUGCUGAGGUGGCUCGGAUGGAAGGGGUACAGCGGCAAAACGUUUUUCGGAUAGGCUCAGCUUCUGGUGAGGCAUUGAGCAGAGAGAAGGCUAAAUUGUUGGAGUUGCGUAACCGCUACGAAGCUGCACUGCAUGCUACUACCAAAAAAGCCUUAGAACAUCGGCAGCCGUCCUCCUUGUCGGUUUCAUCCGCUGGUGGGCCCUCCCAUUUUCCCUCGAGUUUCCGCAGCAGCCUUGAACACGACGGCCGACAAGAGGGGUGCCCCUGUAAGACUGUUGGCCGUCGGUUAGCAUUGAAAGUUUCAGGAUGCAGUGCCGUACCGAGGCGGCGUGGGGCAUCUGUUCGCAAGGCGCGUGCAGCAAAACCACCAACACUUACUACGGUAACUCCUGUCGCUGUCGUUGAUGAUAAUAACACUACUGGCUCUGCCGCCGCAGUUGGCACUGACGUUAACCGCUGCGCAGAACGUGAGUCUUUGCGUAGCUGCUGUUCGAAUCACAUAGGGAAAAAGCCAAGUCGCGCCACCGCUGCUAUCCAUGUGGCUGAGCCGGCUCGAACUUAUGUUGACCCGUACGCACCUACAGAAGGAGGUGGGAGUGGAUCUAGGGCACCAAGGGGACAGACACGCGGUGCUUCCGUUGACGCAGAGCGCAUGGCGGCUUUUUACCUUCGCAACGGCAGAUCACGGCACCUGGCGGAGGUGUCUACUUUAAAAACUGCGGGUGGGGAAGGUCAUGGUGGAAAGGCAAUGAUGGAGCGCAACCCUGGUACCUGCGCAAGUUCAUCUCGCUGUAGUCGCACUCGAGAGGCUUCGAAACGGCCAGGGAACCCAAAAGCAGCGGCAGUGGGACCUAAAAGAGACGGGUGCUCCCAUCGAACCGCAUCUUUGUGCACCAGGGCAUCUUCAGCUGUUGACUAUACCCCUGUUUGUGCAAGCAACAACGGCGGAUGUGGGGAUCUGAAUGGUAACGGCCGCCAUCGUCGUGGCCCUGUGUACCACCUCUGCGCCCCGUCGGUUCCUAACGCAGCUCAUGUUGAGACAUGGGAACCGACAUGCGGCGACAUGACUCGUCCCCUGGUCCCCUCUAAAACGGGGACGUCACUUGCAUUUCCUCGCAAGGAGUCUGGGCAAGGACCAUGGCAGAUGCCAAUGGAACAAAGGGUCUCGUGCAACGCGCCGUGGGGCUUUGCUACCUCUUCAGUGCCGGUUUCUUCAUCUUCUUCAGCAGCUCGGUGCUGCUACUCAACUGGGUUGGGCAGCUCCCGUGCCGCUCCCUAUGAUUAUCGCUUCGCCAGAACGCCAUCGUAUCACCACCCUCCUUCAAUUUAUGAGCCAACACAACCCGAGGCAGCGCCGCAGGUUGUGCACGACGAAGUGAAAGAUGCGUGGAGAGCGCCGUUGGGACCUUCGCUUCACUGUGGAUCGCUGUUACCCUCCGGAAGGGACUAUUUUGUCUCUCCAGCUUUACCAAAAAGUGACUUAAUGUGGCGACAACUUGCUAGUCGAAGCUAUAAUAACGAACAGUGCGACUGCUCCGGUAUGGAACAUGCAGCUGCAGUUGGGGGUACCAUUCGCGACUGUUCUUACGGUGGCUGCGGCGAUGAGGCGCUGGAAAGCGGACGGCGAGCGGAUCUGUUGGUUCGGAUUGGGAAACUUUUGGGUGGUGUGGAAAGAAAGUGCUGA